AAGCCCCAACCAACUGCCGUCCUGUCAGCCAAUCAGCUCGCAGCAUUGGGAGCUCUGAUGAAGGUCACCCUGAACUCAAACUUUCCCACUUCGACCACUGAGCGGAACUGAAGUACAGACACCCUGAAAUCAGGAGGAGAGUGAUGGACACGAUCCUCAGGGACAUUUUGACAGAUGGACUCGCUGCUGGACGGGUUUACUGAUCAACUACACGAGCUGACUGGACAUUUAUUGAGAGCUUGGUGAACUGACAGACGUCUGUGAAGCGUCGGAUACUUAAGGCCUGAAAAGCAGAAGCGGUCCCUCCGGAAGGAAAAACCUCUGAAGUUUCAGGUAACAACUAGACCGAUGAGAAUCAGCAGCUGAAACAGCACCUACACCGACCGUAUACACCACCAAUCUGGAGACCACAGGCAGCAGCGAUGGUGCUCACAGGAUGAAGGCUUCAGUGGAGGAAGAAGAAGGUCGUCACUGAGUGGUGUUCUGCUGUCAUGAGGAUGAAGUCCAACAGUGGAGAAAGCGGACAUAGAACCCCCUGGAGAUGAGCGGAGAUGAACCCGGUGAAUGCGACCUCUCUCUACGUGUCCGUGAGCCGGUCGGUGCUGCAGUGCGACCCCCGAGACCCCCGGGCCCUGGCCGAGCUCUGCAAGCUGCUGCCCUUCUUCCGACAGUCUCUGUCCUGCCUGGUCUGCGGUAACCUGCUGCAGGACCCCAUCGCUCCCACCGACUCAUCAUGUCAGCACUACGUCUGUCGAGGCUGUAAGGGUCAGAGGAUGCAGCUGAAGCCGUCCUGUAGUUGGUGUAAGGACUAUUCUCGCUUUGAGGAAAACCGGCAGCUCUCCUUGCUUGUCCACUGUUACAGGAAGCUCUGUCUCUACAUCACGCAGUCGCCGCUCGCCCCGCACAUAGCCAGCGCCGCCAGCGACUCGCCGGACCUCCAGGCCAUUCUCAACGAGGGCCUCACGUUAGCUGAGAGCGAGCCGGAGGCCGAGGACGUUUCGGAUUGCCCCUCGCAGACGGCGUCCACCUCGGAUGUGGUCCAGCCCGAUGAAGCUCCGCCCACGAAGGAGCUCAAGGUGGAGGAGCCGAGCCCCGUCAGUGUGAACGGGCUGCACGAUUGUAACGGUCUGGUCAGUUCGGACACGCUGCAACCCAUCACCAUAGAAACGGGUGGAGGUGUUGCGAAGCAGGAGAGCUUUUCGGAGGAGAUCCCGGUGUGUGUGAGCGUCACGGGGACGGGGGAGGCGGGGCUCUGUGACAUCAGCACUUUCGGGGAUGACCUGAAACAUGGCGGGGGGCCGUUGUUGUUGAGUGUUGAGGAGGUGCUCAGGACUCUGGAGACGGACUCUGAUCCUGAUCCCACCCCCCAGCCGGACUGCCCCCUCUCUGUACCUCAGUCCAGCCUCAACGGGCCUCACUGUCCACCUGGCCCCGACUCCCCGCGCCUCAUCCCCUCCCUCCCCCGAGGGAACAGCCCCCGCCCCCUCCAACCUCACCCGCAGCCCUCGCUGCAGCCUCCCCCUCAGCCCUCCACAGUCACCCCCCACGUCCUCCCUCGGUACCAUCGCAAGCGCUCCCGCUCAGAAAGCGACAGCGAGAAGGUGCAGCCCCUCCCCAUCACCAGCCUCUUACGAGGGCCCCCCCUCGGUGCCAACAGCUCCCCCCAUCACCCCAACCCUGGUGCCACCACUAAACAGGAGCCUAAGUUCCCGUCAGUCACGCCCCACCCACACCUGGCCCCGGUGCCUAAUGGCGGCCCCCCCAAAGUGGGCAAGACUGUGCUCGUCUCCAACAAGGCGCUGAAAAAGACUGUGGAGCACCACGGGGGCCCCAAGAAGGCUUACACCAAGGCCAGGCAAGGGACCCCCAAGCCCCGCACACAACCCCGUGACAGGGUACCCCCACACCCCCAGGCUCACCCCCUGACACACCCGCCCAGCCCCUCGAAGCCACUGUAUAAAAAGCCUGUGGAGAAGAAGGGCUGCAAGUGCGGCCGAGCCACACAGAACCCGUCGGUGUUGACCUGUAGGGGGCAGCGCUGCCCCUGCUACUCCAACCGCAAGGCGUGUCUGGACUGUAUCUGCCGUGGCUGCCAGAAUUCCUACAUGGCCAACGGAGAGAAGAAGCUGGAGGCCUUCGCCGUGCCGGAGAAAGCUCUGGAACAGACUCGCCUCACGCUGGGCAUCAACCUCACCAGUAUCACCGCGGCGGCCCUCCGUAGCCCGGCCACCAGCUCCCCCGGAAACACCCUUCUCAACGUCACCACGGCUACGGGGGCGCCCGUCACGGCCACCUUCUUAUCGGGGGCGGGGCACGACAACAGGGGCUUUGACGAUUCACUGGAGAUGCGGUUUGACUGCUGAGGUCUCGCCCCUCCUCCGGUCAGUCGUUACGCACAUUCCCCCCCCGCCAGCUGGGCGUUAUCCAUCUGGGCGUGCCAGGGACCUGCGUUGGCGGAGCCAGAACAAGGCAGCUACAGUGACAGGCGAUAGCGAGGGGUCACCAGCUGAACCUCCGUCCAUCGCCCGAAACUGCACCAUGCUUGUGGUCUUGCAUACAGAUACAGUGUGGAAGAAGAAGAAGAAGAUGUAGCGUUACUGUAUGUGCAGAGAUUUCCUUUCAGUGGGGAUAGUUUCUUCUUUUGUUUUCUUCUCUACUGUGGGUAACGUGUAGAGCAUGUUGUGUAGCUACGUUGGGAGUGUCGACCGCGGUCGCACGCCGCAGUGUGUGUGUGUGUGUGUGUGUGUAUGUGUGCGAGCAUGUGAGAGUGUGUAUGUGUGAGGGGAAGGGUUUGUUUUGGCGACCUGUUCUCCCGACUCGUCAAAUACCGCCGUUUGGUUAGCGCCCCUCGGCAUCGGAGACCGACGCACGGAUGCACCCUUUAACAACAGUAUGUGACGAACCGGGAUUUCAACUAACUCCGAUGUAAACCCACCCGCGGCGUUAUUCGACGGUCGGAGCAGCGGCGUAUUAAUAGCGUGAGAGUCUGCUCAAACACAAGGAGGAGAUUGGCGGCGUUGUAAGAAGCCUGUCCUUUCAAAACUACUCGCAGAAUAAACAGCAGUCCACUUCCGUGUUUCAGUACGGUUGGUUUUGGCACCCGAGGCGAACCGUACCUGAGUACACAUGAACCGUACUCCAGGUGGACGGGAUCAAAGAACCGUGCCCAAGUACAGUACGGAGCGUUCACGCUGGACUUAGGGGUCAAGUGUACUCUGAUCCGGUCCCCGGUCCCUGGUGUGAAAGCACCCGAAAAUGAUUUAUUUUGUCACGUCAGUGUUUGGUCACUUGAGUCGUUAGUAACGUUAACAUCAACCACGACUAACCCUAACUGAGUGUGAAGUUUAUUUUGAAAGGACACGGCGUCCACGGUAACGCAAGAGGUGUAGCUCCGUGCGUCGGUCUCCGAUGCCGAGGAGCACCGACCAAGCGGUGGUAUUUAACAAGUCGGGAGUGAGAGUGAGUUGGUUUUGGAGAGGAACGGAGACAUCAUCAUCAUCAUCAUCAGAGACUGGUGUAAUUUAUAUAAAAGAAAUAACUUUUUGUACGUGGACGUUUCAGUUUCAAAGACAUUUUAAGGUAUAUUUUCUAAGUUACAUUAAAAACCAAUGGAGGAUGGUGCAGGGGGCCGAUCUGCAUUCAACCAGAAUAUUUUCACACAGGUAAAUUGUAUUUUUGUCAAGACCUCCUAGAAACCCUUGAAGAACAACCUGAACAUAAAAACCUCUACAAUAAUAAUAACAUUUAUGGAUAUUUUUCGCUGCCAGGAUGUGAAUUUAACACCACCAGCCAAAUGUAAGUUUCCGUUUGUGUCUGAAUGUUUAUACUCUGUGAGCCGCCGUCAGACACCCGAACAUUCAUCUAACAUGUUAUUGUAUGCUACAAAACGUAUAUAUAAAAUAGUGAAUUUUGGAGUCUGAGGACAAAGCUUCAGUCUUCGCUGUUUGAUAUGUGGAGGAGUUAACCUGUUUAAUCAUUUGCGUGUUCUUGCAUCAAGCACUUUUCCACCACGUUUCUGAUCUUGUGUUAAAGACUCUGGUUGAUUGCAGGCCCCGCACGUUGUUAUUAUUUGCAAGUUUUUGGUUUCUGGAAGCUACACACAUGCUGCUAAAUACCACAAAGGACACUAGAAGGAGAGCUCACCUGUUUUCCUCGUCUUUUGUUCUGUUUUUUUUUUUUUUAAUAAGUUGCGUUAACAAUGUUUGCAGUAUUUAUUGGACGUCUCCUAACAAAGGUCACGUGUCGGGCGUCUGUUCCGCCGCCCGCUCUGCCUGUCGAGUCUGUCGAUCCAGACUGUUUCUGUCUCAGUUCGGUUGCCGUCUCCUUCUUAGUGUUAGUCUCCAAAACAGUUUUUUUUGUUCUCCCUCGGGGCAUUUAAAUACCUGUAAUAUAACUGUAACAUAUUUCCACAAAAAAGAAAGAAAAUCAAAAACUUA